ACGUACAUCUGAGCGUCGUCCAGCCCAGGGAAGUGGGGUGGACACAAGCUGGGACAAGGAUGGACUGGAAGUGUGCGGCAUGUGGGUUAAGUGGAUUUGGUAGUGAAGGAAAAGAAAUGCGUGACAAUGAUGGAUACGGGCACUGAGAUGAACAUCAUUAGGGAAAGAGAUGCGCUCAUGCUUGGGAUGAAAAUCGACCGCGCAGAUCACGGCGUGCUGCACGGGGCCAACUGCAAGGCAGUUUUUUGCGACAUCCCGUCGAAUGUGAUCAUAGAGAUUGGCAAGGUGCGAGCGAGGACGUGUUUUUUCGUCAUGCCGGAUGUGGACCAUCCCAUCCUUCUGGGCAGAUCGUCCAUGUGCAGGACAAAGACCUUGAUCUUCAAUAAGCACGAUGGGACGAUGAUAUUGCUUUUCAGUGACCCAGCCUGUGGGAACUACGAAGUCGUCACCUGUCGGAACACGGGGCCAGGGAGCGAGCGGAACAGGCCUAACCCCGGCUCGUUCACUUAUGUGGAAUCGAAGAACGACCGGCGGAGGCUAGCGGAGGAGUCCGAGGAGGAAGGUGGGGCGGAGAUGCUGUCACUAAGCCUUAUAGACAUAAGCAAGGCUAUGGAGAUUGUGGCAACGCAUGAGAUGGCGGACCCAGAGGCCAUUAAGGCCUUGCGAGAGCACGUUUUGGAGUGCCCACAGGCAGGAGAAGUGGAGCUUAUCUAUCGACUUCCUGGAGGGAGGAAAGGGUCUGCGAUGGCACAGGCGCAGACGACAAGCCGACCUUUUUUAGGGGACGGCUUAAGCAGCACCCAAAGGCGGUACAAAACGGUAGAUAAAAAGUGCCCCCCUGUUCCCGUGCUCGUUACGGAAGAUGAAGAGGCCUAUUACGAGCGGGAGCGAGGAUUGAUAUGGCGAAUGUCUGACUUUUUGAAGGCAGCCAUGCAGAGGGGCGAACGGGGCACGCGGCCACGACAGAGACCUCUCGGGGUAUCCGGAGGGGAGGAGCGGCAUGGGCCCUUCAGGAGAGAGCCCACACCCGUGUUUGAUGACGACAACAUCGAGCUCUUCUUGGACGCCUACCGAGAGCAUGCAGCCCAGAGAGGAUGGGACAUGUCCGAGAGGGCGUUACUCAUUUGGACAAGAGGAGCGGAGCGUCCGCUAGCAAGACAGAUCCAGGGUCGGGCACGAGAUUGGGAGGAUUGUCGGGCUCAAUUAAGGGUGGCGUUUCGGCGACCGGAACCAGAGAGGCCAGAACCAAGGGUUGAUAGAAGGCGGCGAAGCAAGAGGUUAAGGGAUUUGGAGGCAAGAGAGCUGGUGGCAUCGAAAGGUGGCCGGAAGGCCCUGGCACAGCGGGAGGAAGGACAAGCAGGGCCAACUAGGGCGAGGGAGUCCUUCCCUGCUUGUGGCCUCAGGCAGGUAGAGUUCCAUCAAGUCACAGAGGACGACCUACUAGGGCCCUCACCACAAGCACCAGAGCGGAGGGAGAGCAAGGUACCAGCAGCACUGUUCAGGAGUCUGGAGGCCCACUUGAACGCAUCCCAGUGGGAGGCCCCUUCAGCAAGAGAGAACCCUACGGACCCAUCAGGAGGGGAGCAGACUCGCCCAGAGCCCGAGACAGAGCCACUUAGAUUGAAAGGGGUAGGUGCGAAAGAUGUCAUCAUGGUGGAAGGUGAUACUCCCUCUGACUCCCCAGCUCGAGCUCAGACACGGCGGUCUUGGCCAGAGGGCGUCCUGGAGCCAGACAGCCAGGAAGCCCCUGUACCACCACCAGAGGCCACUAUGUCACCCAGGCAGGAGGUUGAGGCGAGAGGGCCGAUGGAAGGGUGGAGGACGGAGCCGCGCCUGGUUGUCCACUCACGUUUAGCCGCGCACACAGCUGAGCACCCUGACAUUGAAGGGCCCAGCUUGGUUGGGCCAUCAUCGGGGCCAGCACGUACUGAGUUAGAGGAGGGCUCGCAAGUUGCGACUGGGGGAGUCACGGAGGCAGGCACAGGGAAGGAGCCAGACAAGGCCGCCCAAGCAAAUCAUGCCAGGGUACGAGCUCGCCUUGCGGAGAUACAUGAGCGAAGGGACAGGAUGGAGGCUGCAGGGGUAGCGCCAAGGCCACCAGUCGCCCCAAAGACAAGUGAACAGAGGAUUGACGAGGCCAGGCAAACUCGCCUGGAGGCGAAGGAGGCUGAGUGGGAGGCAAAACUCAAGGAAAUGGUGGCCACAGUGGUAAGACUUGUCGCCACCAAGGUGAUUGACUGGACUGAGCAGAGCAGGUACGGCAUCCAAGGCAAGGAGGUGCAAGGGUUGUUUGGCCAAGAGGAGGCAGCAGAGGCAUCUCGACAAGAAAAGUUGGGGAAGGUAUUUCUGGACCCAGCUGAGGCAGAGGCAAGGAAGGAAGCCAACAAGGGAAGCUUUGAGUUCAAGGCUCCCACUGAGCUGGCUUCACAGCAGGAGGCCGCUACUUCGGCAGAUACUCCUAUGGAGGCGCUGACCCAAGAACCCCAACCUGCAUCAGUAGAAGAGGGGGAGGCUGAGGAGUCACUGGCAAUCCUUCUGGACGUACAGGAGGGAACUCUCACUGAAGCGGUGGAGCCUCCACAUCUUGAGGCACAGGGGGAGGAGCCAUCACGCUUGGACGAGUUGGUUGCUGCCAUGGAGGUAGAUAUGCCGCCAGAGGAGCCUCGGGAGCAGAGGACCCUAGAGCACGAGCCAGAUAUGGGGGAAUUGAGGGCACAACUGGGCUCAUGGGCCACUGGGACCGAUUCGGGAGGACCGACUACUGAUCGGCGGCAGCAGGAGGCCACGAGCCAGCCUACUAGGGCCGCUACCCCCCAGACUCCGAGGCCUCGUGAGGGUGAGGAAGCAACUACGGCAGGGAAAACCCGCGAGGGCAGACCGCUGAGGCUGGAUACCCCUGAGUUCUGACCUGAGGAAGAGAUGCAGCCAGGGGAGUCAAGUGCCCAGGGAAUCGAAGGAGGAGAUGAGGGGCCGUGGCACCUACCUCAGAGUCAUGAAGUGGGAAAGGAGACAAGAGGAACGCCUCCGUUGUCAGGAAUCCAGAAAAAGAAGAAGAGAUUUCAAAGGAAAUCAGGGGCUAUGUGUUUCUAUUUUCUGGACGGAGUGUAUAGGGCCCUGGAGUGUCCUAAGUUCCUUAAGGACAAGGCUGAGGGGUGGGUUACUGAGGAAGAUGGCAAGAUGUAUGAUAGACAGGGCCGAGUGGUAGAAAGGGCUCCGAAUGGGGAUCGGGCCCAGUUGUAUAAGCAAAACCAGGAGGAGAUGAGCGAGUGAGGGACUGGUUCGCCUAUACGCCGGUAGAAGUGAGGUGUUUUCUGUACGUAGAAAGAGUAAAGCCAAGGGCAUAGG